AUGCAGGAGCUGAGGGUGGCGGAGAUCCCGGCUGACAAGAACUGCGUCACUGGCCUUCGCCCGGCUGUCCUCCCGCUCUGUGCCUCUGUGUCUCUGCUGGGUGGCCUGACCUUUGGCUAUGAGCUGGCCGUCAUAUCCGGUGCCCUGCUACCACUCCAGCUGGACUUCGGGCUGAGUUGCUUGGAGCAGGAGCUCCUGGUGGGCAGUCUGCUCUUGGGUGCUCUCCUGGCCUCCCUAGUCGGGGGCUUCCUCAUUGACUGCUAUGGCAGGAGACGGGCCAUCCUGGGAAGCAACGUGGUGCUGCUGGCUGGCAGCCUGAUUCUGGGUCUGGCCGGCUCCCUGCCCUGGCUGCUCCUGGGCCGCUCAUCCGUUGGCUUUGCCAUCUCUCUGUCUUCCAUGGCUUGCUGUAUCUACGUGUCAGAGUUGGUGGGGCCGCGGCAGCGGGGUGUGCUGGUGUCCCUCUAUGAAGUGGGUAUCACUGUGGGUAUCCUCUUCUCUUAUGGCCUCAACUAUGUCCUGGCUGGCAGCCCCUGGGGCUGGAGGCACAUGUUUGGCUGGGCGGCUGCACCCGCUCUCCUCCAGUCUCUCAGCCUCUUCCUUCUCCCUGCUGGAGCAGAGAGCACUGCAGGCCCCCAAGUCUUCAUCCCACUCCAGGGAGGGGAGACCAGCAAAUUGGUCCUGGAGAAGCCACAGUACACCUUUCUGGACCUCUUCAGGGUCCAGGGCGGCAUGUGGAGACGGACUGUAGUGGGUCUGGGGCUGGUGUUAUUCCAGCAGCUAACGGGACAGCCCAACGUGCUAUAUUAUGCAUCCACCAUCUUCCGCUCCGUUGGCUUCCAUGGGGGCUCCUCAGCUGUGCUGGCUUCUGUGGGGCUUGGUACUGUGAAGGUGGCUGCUACCCUGAUCGCCACGGGGCUGGUGGACCGUGUAGGCCGUAGAGUGCUUCUGCUCUCUGGGUGUGCUCUCAUGGCCUUGUCGGUCAGUGGCAUAGGCCUGGUCAGCUUUGCUGUGUCCCUGGACUCUGGUCCCAGCUGCCUGGCCACAUCCAACGCCAGCCAGCGGGUGGACCUGCCUGGAAGCCCGGGUCUGCUCGUGCGUUCAUCUCUACCGCCAGUGCCACACCCCAGUGGGGACCAAGGACACCCAAUGGUGCCAGUCACUGAGAGACCCAUCUAUCCAGUCAUCACAGCGUCCCUGGGACCAGCUGUGAAUCCCGCCUCCUCAGCUCCCACCAGUCCUAUCCUGGAGCAUACCCUGCUGUGCUGGUCUGCGCUGGUUUGUAUGAUGGUCUACGUGAGCGCCUUCUCCUUUGGAUUUGGACCAGUAACCUGGCUGGUUCUCAGUGAGAUCUACCCAGUGGAGAUCCGAGGGAGAGCCUUCGCCUUCUGCAGCAGCUUCAACUGGGCAGCCAACCUCUUCAUCAGCCUCUCCUUCCUCGACCUCAUUGGUGCCAUCGGCCUGGCCUGGACCUUCCUGCUCUAUGGGCUGACCGCUGUCCUCGGCCUGGCUUUCAUCUACUUACUAGUUCCUGAAACAAAAGGACAGUCAUUAGCUGAGAUACAGCAGCAGUUUCAGAUGAGCAGGUUCCCUCUGAGCUUUGGCCACAGGCAGCGCAGUGGUAUUCAGUACCACCGCCUGGACGUCUCCUCCUGACCUCUCCUGGACCUCCUGAGGGGUCUGUCUGCUUGGAAGAUGCUGGGACAUUGAUUUCUGCAGCCUAUCUCCAACUCCCUGCCUGCUGGGGCCUGGGAGUCAUGAUCUAGAUUUCCUUCUGUGGUGAGCCCUGCUCCAGAGGCUGCUUCUUGCCGGGAUGAGAGGUGACUGCCAAACUCUUCGUUUUGAGUGUGAGAUGCCAAGGGCUCCAGAAGACCUAGCUCCAUGCCUCAGUUUCCCCAUGGAGUUGGCUUGUCCGCCAUGUUUAUAAUGACAUCCUCUGUGAUGUGUUCACCAUGUGCUUCUCAGAUGACCUGAGAAGGAAGUGUCUCCUACCACCGCCCUGGACCAGCAGAGUGUGAGUCUCUGCCUUCCUCGUCCCCUUGCCAGGGUCUUAGUGAUCCAGAGCCUGCAUUCAUCACCCCCUUACUCUUGCCCAAGAUAUUUAUCAGGUGCUGGGACUCUGACUGGGGACAGCAGGCUGUAAAUAAGAUGGCUUUAUGACCCUGGCCUCAGUUUGCCCCAUGUGUCUCACAGAAGCCUGGGCUAGACUGCUCUUGAGCUCCCUCCUUACUCCACAGGGUUGGAAGUCUGAGAGCAGGGACUUAAUAAGCACUCAACAAGGGCCCCACUCCCACCUCCAUCAAGUGGCUCUGAGGACAGAAGAUUUGUUAGCAGAGAGUGCACAUCAGUUCCAGAGUCUACCACUCUGGAACAUAAGAGCUGGACCCCAACAUGUGAUAAGUGCUAGGAACACAACAGUUCCCAGGGUUCAGCAGGGGACUAUGAAUGGAAGAAGAAACCUUUAGAGGGACUCGCACAUAUGUUGGUGAUUGUAGCUUCUACUUUGGGUGCUAGUGACUUCCUAAAGCCUCAGUGCAUUCAUAUGCAGAAUGGGCACAGUUGUACCCCUCAGGAUAUAUUGACUUACCCCAUCUCUCUCAGGAGGGUCUUCAGUGAGCCCCGGGGGCUUCUGCUCACUGUGUUACAUAGGGCUCUUCUUUGGGGCAUUCAUUGUAAAGGGUUAGUCAGCUGGAGAUAAGCAAGUGGCUCAGGUCAGAGGUCACAUAAGGAGGACAUCAAUAAGACAGAGUUGGUUCCUGGACACUGGGUAGCUGGCCUCACAGGCACUGUCAGUCACACCCUCCUGGUUCCCAAGCCUAGCCUCGUAACCCUGCUCUGUUUGUUAGAUAUUUCAUUCACAACCAGUGGCGUGCUGGAUUAAGCUUUUGCUGGCUCCCCAGAGCCGACUGCCACACAGUCAGGAUUUCUACAGAUUGGUUGCUAAGCACUGCCGUCAUUUAAGAAGUGUUUUAGUUUAUAAUAAACAAUCAAUGUCAUUAUAAUAGUUAAUACUCAAACAUCAUCACCUCCUACGUGGUGAUGGCUCAUGCCUGUAAUCCCAGCACUCAGGAGGCUAAAGGACUGAAUGUUCUAGGCUAGUCUGGCUUCAAACUGAAACCUUUUCCAACCAAAUCAAUAGGUGAAUAAAAAAAACCAAACCUUUGUCGCCACCUCCUAACGUCUCUGUUGUGCUUCUCCCUCCUCCUCUCCCUCCUCCUCUCCCUCCUCCUUUCCCUCCUCCUUUCCCUCCUCCUCUCCCUCCUCCGUGCUGCUGGGAUGUCCUCAUGUGUGUCUGAUGGAGCCGGAGGCAGGUGCAGUGGAUCUUACUGCUUCUGUGCUCAGUGUCUUCACAACGAACCGACCCUGUGCACGCCUUUGCCUUCCAGAGGUUAGGGAACACUGCAGACCAGAGCUUGGUUUAUGGUUUGAUUGAUUUUUUUUCUGGAUUUGUGAACUGCUGGGUCAAGUGUUAAUUAUAUAAAUUAAACUCAAAGGUGCCUCCCGUGUGUAGCUGGUAUGUUGAAAACAUCACAGGAAACGGGGUAUGUGUGAAAAAAAUCCCUCCACCGACCAGUUCAGCAGAUGCUUGCUCUUGGCCUCAAUGGAGGGAGCCCAACUGCACACUGACGGCUUACAGAACGCUCUUCAGAUGAAGGGUUUCCUCACACAAAGACGUAUACUUUAAAAGUGUUUUUGAAAUAAAUUAUUUUGAACGAAAA